GGCUGGCUUUAGCCAAUGAAUAAUUCACAACAAGACUUUGUGAUAAUGGAGAGCGAAUCCGACAAUGAUAAUGAUGAGCACAUUAUCGAAAUUACAAACGACGACGGUUCUUCAUCGGGAUCGUCUUUGGACGACAGAAGCUACUCUUCAGUAAGCUCGUCUCUGUCUACGGAUGAGGAAACGUCAGAUGAAGGUGUAAGUUCAUCUACGAGAGACUGUGGUAGUCUUUGGAAUACAAUGGAAUUAGUAGUCACUUUGGUUCAGAUUGUUGCUUCAUUAGUAUUUUUAACUGUGGCAAAAGAUGAACAUCCACAAGCACUUUUGUUAACAUGGGUCAUCGGUUACACUUGUGGCUGUAUUGCCAUUACGCUCGUUCUUCUCCUUUCGUGUGUCCGCAAAUACAACCGAAUUGGGGUUUACUCAAGGACGAGAAUGGAUGGGGUAAUGGAUGCUUUGAAGAUGGGAAUUGAAUGUUUAUUUGUUGUGUGGUUAGUUUUGGGGAUUUUAUGGAUUUGUUAUGGACACUCAUCUCCUUCUGAUGCUCCUAAGCUCUACAGGUUAUGUGUAGUCUUCAUUGCUUUCAGUUGCAUUAGAUUUGCAUAUGCAGUUCUAUUAUGUGCAGGGGAAGGUCUAAGAGGCGGAUUUGUUUUCCAGAAACCGAGCCAUGAUGAUUGUUGUUGCAUAUGCUUGGGGAAAUAUGGAGAGGAAGAGGGAAUAGCACUAAGGAAACUUGAAUGCUCACAUGUAUUUCAUUCGGAGUGUAUAGACAAAUGGCUGAGAGUCAAAUCCUCGUGCCCUCUCUGUCAAUCACAGGUUAGGUGAUGAUGAGAUGAGGUUAUGUUUGGCUCUCCUUACUUUCAGUUGCAUUAGAUAUGUAAUUUUUAAUCUAACGUUGGCAAUGGUCUGUUGCACCGGUCCUAUUAUCUUACUCACGCCUGUGGUCAUAUGUGUUCUCCUUGUUGUGGAAGUCCUCAAAGGUAUUGUAGCAUACUUUAAUUUGUACAAUGCAUCUGAAAUCGAACUAAUAAAAUCCUUUUUCUUGC